AUGUACUCAGUUCAUGACGCGGUACCCCUGGGUCUGGUGGGGACUCCUCUGGUCGACGGUGACGAGGAGGUGCGGUACUGCUUCGUUCCCAUGGAGACGGUCCGCCUGUACCCCGCCCUGGUGACGCCUCACAACCUGCUGUGGCUGUGUGACGACCUGGUCGUCAUCGAGUGUGACAGCUCUCUCUUCAGAUUCAUAGCUAAUUACCUUCAGACCGGAAACAUCUUCCUGCCAGAGGACUUCAGUGAUCAUGACAGGUUGAACCAGGAGGCCGGAGCCGCUGGCAUGACAGACUUCCUGGAAGAGUUACAGAAACGACCCGAAUUGAUUGGUGAUGACAUCAUGCAGCCUCAAGAUGGCUGCCCUCAGAUGAAGCAACAGCAACAACAGCAGCAGCAUCAGUUGUCCCCUCAACCUCUGUACAUUAUGACCUUUGACCUGUUGGUGAGGUACCAGGACUCGGCUCUGGGACAGCUCUGUGUGGACAGUAACGUGGAGGGCAGCAGGCUGCAUCUCUCUGGCAACGGGGUGGUCUUCCAGCACGUGGAGAACUGGUUAGGGACGAGUCGUGUCCCGCUGACAGAGAGGCAGUGUGAGCUGCCGGGGUUGUGUGAGUACCUGGACAGGCAGGAUGAGGCCUACCACACCUUCAGAGAUGCACUGUGGGAGUUCCUACACAGGACCAGAGGCAGGUGUUUUACAGCAGGGCCCUGGUCCGCCUCAGUGGCAACGUUCAGCAUUUAUAAAGUUGUUAAAGUUUAUGUGGGAACACACUGGUACGCCACUUACUACAAAACCCUGUUAAAGCACCCAGAGCUCCUGUCCAACCCCAGGAAGAGCAGCUGGAUCGUAUUCGGUCACAGUCUCCAGAUCAGGGCCGACGGAGCGAUGUUCAGACACAUCCUCAACUUCCUGAGAUGUGGACGCCUGUUGCUGCCCUCUGUGUUCAAGGAAUGGCGGCUGCUGUGCCAUGAGGUAGAGGAGUUUCAGAUCCCAGCUCUGACUGGAGCCCUGGAGGACUGUUCUGACUACAGGGCCUGGUGUGAGAGCAACACGCCUGCUGCCGGUAACCAGUCUUCCUCUUCAGCCGAGUCCUUCCUCUUUUUACAACCAAGAUCAAGAUGUUUUCACGGGGAUCGGUUACCAACCGGGCUGAGUAGUCCAGGACAGAAACCAGUAGGUUCCAGACGCUUCUCGUCUCCUGGUCGAUAUCAGGGUGGUUUGGUAGAGAGGGCAACGCCAGACGGGCAAGAUGAGAUCUCGGCCUCUCUCCAGAGCAUGAUGGCAGAGACUGUGUUUCAGAGUGGGCCCAACACACAGUCCUGGGGGACGCCAUCUGGGGAAGGGACCCUCUGCCCCUCCACAGGUUCCAGGGGCUCCACGCCUGACCCUAUCCCUCCUGACCCACUCCCCAAUCCAGCCUCAGCCAGGCUGUCUACCCUCACAGCCUUCCUGGCCAGACAGGGACUCCCUGGGGGCGCACAGGGGACAAGGUACCUCACACCAAGGGCCGAUGUGGAGGGAGAGAGUCAGGGACGGAGCACAGUCAAGCCUAACAGCAGUACUCAGAGAGGUGUAGAUGGCAUGCCUUGGAGCAGGCCUGGCCUGAGGGCUGUGUUCAAAGACUUCCAUUGGAGCAGACCUGCCCUGGUGGGCUGCUUGUUCCCUGUGCGGGGCUGUGUUCUCAGGGUUGACCACCCUCCGGUCCUGGGCAGAGGGGAGCCUGGAGGAUACUUCACCCAGAGCCUAAUCUACACAGCCAGUCCUCCACACACAGGUCAGCUCUUCAUCUACACAGCCAGCCCUCCACACACAGAUCAGCUCUUCAUCUACACAGCCAGUCCUCCACACCCAGGUCAGCUCUUCUAG